AUGACAAAAAUAGCCUUGCUAGUUCUUCCUAUUCUGAUCAUCUUGUCUACUACUACUAAUGGAGCUAGAACAAGGUUGCUCUUCCAUGGUGGACUUUCCGGCGAGGGCAAUAAUGGUAUUUGCAAUUCCAUGGUGUUGCCACAAGGGUAUCCUUGUCAAGACCAUAAAGUGACGACAGAGGAUGGUUUUAUUUUAGGCAUUCAGAGAAUUCCCACCGGUAGUUCCGGCAAUCCCUCCGACAAGCCACCGGUUCUUCUGCAACAUGGUUUGAUGAUGGAUGCAGGGACUUGGCUAUUGAAUCAACCCGAUGAAUCACUAGCAUUCAUAUUGGCCGACGAAGGAUACGAUGUUUGGAUGGCUAACACUCGAGGCACUAACUCUAGCCUCGGCCAUACUUCACUUAAUCCUCAAGAUCAGGAAUUCUGGGACUGGACAUGGGAUGAACUUGUUACUUAUGAUCUUCCAACCACAAUUCAAUAUGUUCAUGAUCAAACAGGACAGAAUCUACAUUAUGUUGGUCAUUCCUUGGUAAAAAACAUGUUUUUUUUGUUACAUUUGAAACCAAACAGUGAUUUAAUGAUUGGUUUUGGGAUUUUGAAGGGAACUUUGAUUGCAUUGGCUGCUUUUUCACAAGGAGAAUUGUUGAAUAUGAUAAGAUCAGUUGUUCUUCUCAGCCCUAUUGCUUAUCUUUCUCAAAUGCCUUCUCCACUUGGAAAAGCUGCUGCCAACAAUUUUAUAGCUGAAGUUAGUGAUUUAUAUUGGUUGGGGAUCCAUGAAUUUGCUCCUGGAGGGGGACCAACAGGUCAGAAUUGCUGCCUAAAUUCUUCAAGAACAGGUUAUUUUCUUGAUCAUGAACCACAAGCUACAUCAACAAAGAACAUGAUCCAUGUAUCACAAAUGAUUCGAGGCGGAAAGAUUGCGAUGUUCGAUUACGGGAGCGAUAAAGAAAACUUGAAACAUUAUGGACAAACAAACCCUCCCGAAUACAACAUGAGUAGAAUCCCGAAUGAUAUACCACUUUAUCUGAGCUACGGUGGACAAGAUGCGCUAUCAGACGUAAACGACGUGCAAACAUUGCUUGCGAGUCUCGAAAAUCACGAACCCGAUAAGUUGGUGACGCAAUAUCAGGACGAUUAUGCACAUGCUGACUUUGUUUUUGGAGUUAACGCUAAGGAAGUUGUGUAUGAUCCUGUUGUGGCUUUCUUUGAGCUUAAUUAG